GAGAGAAAGGGAAGGAGAGGUGGGUCUCCCCGGCUUCCGUAGGCAGCAGGACUGGAGGGACCUGCUCUCUCCGCCACAGCAUCCUUUCUUUCCGCUCUCCUCUUCUCCAAAACACGUCGGGAUGAGGAGAAAACCUCAACAUAUCUCUCUUCUGCUGGCUCUCCCUCCGCUACAGCAUCAUGGCGAGGAGCGUUAGCCGCAUAUCCGGCGUUAGCUAAACAAUUAGAAAUACAUAUUCGAUGCAAAUGAAACAGAAUAGCCUGGAACCUGGAGGAUUUCCGAGCAACGCUUUCUGGACUAAUAUCCCGGAUAUGUUUGCACUUUUUUCCUGCACAUUUCGACGCGAAUUAAAGCCGGGACUCCAGAGAAGAUGCUAGAUGAAGCUUGUCAACAUCAAGGUGCCUGAAACUAGUUUGGAUCAAGAUUCUGCAGGCGGCAUGAUGAGGUCUGGUAGCGCGCUGCUCUGAAGAAUGGUUGCCAUGAUUACCUGGGACGUCGUGUGUGCUCAGCCCUGGACUACUUUCUAACACGUGGAUGCGGCUCGUGCAACCGGCAGCAUCUGACCAGGAUGAUUUGACCUUUGACAUGUACAUAGUCUCGGAAAGGGCCAGUAAGCAACUGGCAGCUCCAGCUCCGUCGGCUUCAUACGUCUCCUCAUCCACGUCUGUGUGAUUCCUGCAGGAGUCCUCCACAGCCGUGAAGCACAUGUUGAUAUCAGUAGAUAUUACUCUCAAGGGAUCCGGGAUGCGUGCAUGCCUGUAGCCGUGCCGCGCCAGCUUUAUCGUGGCUGGCCAUCGCUGGCCGGUCAUCAUCUUCGGCCAUGACCCGGCUGAUGCUGGGCCGGACUCUGGAGCGUGUCUGUAAAGGCGUCCUGCUGCUCUGCUUGCUCCACUUCCUCAUCAUGAUGAUCCUGUACUUUGACGUCUACACGCAGCGCUUCGACCUUUUCAGCCGAUUCAACAACGUACGGAAUGGAUCGAGGAAUAAUGUCAGCGGUGUGGCCGGAAGCGGACAUCACUUGUACUACUACAACCUGUCCAGGCCGAAUGCCACGUUAUCCAGCUACCUGGCUGUGGGAGGGAAGCUGGUGCUGAGCGUGCAAACCGAGAGCAACCCCACGUCUUCGCCUAAACCGCUGCCACCCUGCCCUGAGAUCCCGCCUGGUCUGGUGGGACGUUUGUUGAUCGAGUUCGGUUCCCAGAUGACGAUGGAACGAGUGCAGAAAGAGAAUCCAAAUGUGACGGAGGGAGGGCGCUACACGCCACCAGACUGCCGGCCCAGAUGGAAGGUGGCCAUCAUCAUUCCGUUCCGCCACCGUGAGAACCAUCUAAAAUACUGGCUCCACUACCUCCACCCCAUCCUCAGACGUCAGAAGAUCGACUACGGCAUCUAUAUCAUCAACCAGCUCGGCGAGGACACCUUCAACCGGGCCAAGCUGCUGAACGUGGGCUACAGGGAGACCAUGAAGGACGCCGACUACGACUGCUUCAUCUUCAGCGACGUGGACCUGGUGCCCAUGGACGACCGGAACCUCUACCACUGCUACGACCAGCCCCGGCACUUCGCCAUCGCCAUGGACAAGUUUGGCUUCAGGUUGCCGUACGCUGGCUACUUCGGCGGAGUCUCAGGCCUCAGUAAAAAGCAGUUCCUAAAGAUCAAUGGCUUUCCAAACGAGUACUGGGGCUGGGGAGGGGAGGACGACGACAUCUACAACAGGAUAACUCUCAACGGGAUGAAGGUGUCCAGGCCUGACGUCCGAAUUGGUCGCUACAGAAUGAUCAAGCACGAGAGGGACAAAUACAACGAGCCCAACCCUCAGAGAUUCAACAAAAUACAGAACACAAAGAACACCAUGAAGAAGGACGGCAUCAGUUCCCUCACCUACAAGCUGGUGCAGGUCAAGAGGUACCCGCUCUACACUAACAUCUCAGUGGAGAUCGGCAAACCACCACCGCGGCCCUUCAAGGGCUGACCCCACGGUGGAUGCUUGCAGAAGUGCGAGGAGGUAAGGUCGCGAAGCUUUGCCAGACUGCUUCCUCUUUUCCUCCUGAAGACUCCAAACCUCUGGAGACACUCCUGUUUCUGCAGUGGAUGCUACCUUCCGUCACAUAUCAGGAGACUCUUGGGGACGCUAGUCUUAUCGUAUACUUGGGAUAUCACCGGAGGCUCUUGUGCUCUGGACCACAAACGUCUAGACGAAUGUGUACCGUGCCUGCUCCGCCACUCUCCCGGGACCGGAACUCUCUUUUACUGCGCUCUUUUUUUAUAGACAUGAACACUGCGAAACCUGUGGGUUUUCUGAGGUACGUUGACAGUACAAAUAUCCAAGUCGCCGCGCGGAGCUUCAAUCCCCGGAACAGAGUGAACACACCCGUGAUUGGUGACGACAAAAGUGCUCCCCACUGGUCACACAAAAGCUUUUUUAUAUUUUUGACUCAUGAUAAUCUUUUGCUCGUCCCUGGGACACAGUCGUUCACCCGCCACGUCACUGCGUCUCAGAUCUUUUCCACAACAAAGACUUUCUUUCUUUCUGCUGCCAAAUUCUCGAGCGCUAACCUUUCAGUGGCCGUGUCAAGCGUCGCUUCAGUUCUCGCAUGUUUGUAUGGAUAUUGGAAGGUUGCAAUCGAUGCUAACUUGCUAGCGACUGUGUGCAACUAGUAAAAAUAUCAUGUCAACGUAGCGCGUAUCCUCCAGUUAGCAUUUGGCUUCUAAAACACAGCAAACAUGUAAAGCUUUAUGGUAGCAUCAGCACUUUUUAUGGGAAAAUUUUGAGGUAGUUUGGUGUUUAUGGAAGAAAGCAAGACACGUUUUAAGUUGCAUUUACACAUAGCAUUAGCAAACUAGCCUCCAUUUUUCUUUCACUGAGCCCAAGUUUGAAAUCAUUUCAGAAGUUAUUUAAGAGUCCAGGGAACCCUUCAUUGAAUAAAACUUCACUUCAUCUGCUUAGCUUAGCCGUUAGCAUUGUCCUCAAACUACGUCACACAUGUCUUACGAUUAGUUCUCACGAACCAAUGAAAAAUUCAGAGUCGCAGCCCAUCUUUCUGAGGCAAGAGGAUAAUAGUGAAAUAGUACUUCCCAUAUUUUUCGGACUAUAAAUCGCACCGGUCAAAAAAUGCAAGGAGAACGACAGCAUACAUAGAGUAGCAUUUUUGGCGGGAAACAGGUUUGACAAAGAGACCACAGCAGUGCCACCUCUGUCGCCCAGUGUGACUCAUCACCAGUACGUUGUCGACUCAUUUUCUCCGACGUCCCCGUCCGAGGGAGGGUCCUUGCUUUGGAAAAGACUGAGAAGCUUCUGGAGUCUCACUCCUUAUAUCAGUCAGUCGUGUUUACGUUGCAUCCAGCUGUGGACCGAGUAGCUUUGACGCCGGUGUUUGUGCAUGCCAUUUGUUUUUAGCACUUUAGCCGAAACUGUUUCACGAGUGAUGCGUUGCAAAUUAUUGGACGUGUGGGUUCGAACAUGGCGACGAUGAUGCGUUCUAUAUUUUGGGCUCACUAUCUUUCCUUCAUCAAUACUCCUCUAUAUCAACGGUGUGUCUUAUUGAGUGUGACGGUGACGCUGGAGCUCGAUCCUGUUAGAUCCGACUCCCAGCUCGACGGGAAGCUCGCGGACUCUUUUUCGCUCGACGGAAUCUUCUCCGGGUUUUUCAGGCCUGUGGGCGGGUUUUUAAUAUUUACUGUAACUUGACUUUUCUUUUUGUACAUUGAAUGUUGGAGAUGUAUCUUACAUAGAAUGCAUUAUGUUAUAUCCGACCUACUUUUUCUAGAUAAACAAUAAACAUGCUGAUCAAGAUGGCGUGAUGUCACUUCCUGUCUGUCGUCAUCACUUUGUUUGGUCCGGACCCUCGACCUGAUUCUUCCUGGUGAGAUUCUAUUUUCAUGUCAACAACUAGCUCAGUUAGCCUCAGUGUAACUAUUUUUUCUUUGCUUUUUACUCCCAUAUUCAAUGAAUCUUUUUUGUAUUUGUGUUUCUUUUUUAGAAUAAUACU